AUGAAUAAAGAACCAGGCCAUAAUUUAACAAGAGAAUUUAAUAAAUUAACCUCAAGAAAUGAGGAACUAGCUAAACAAGACAAUACUCUUCGGAGAGAAUAUACAACUUUAUUUAGAAAAGUGUCAAGUCUCAUAGCUACAUUAAGACAAAUGGAUGAUGAUCUAAAGAGUAUGGAGACAGAAGAUGAACCACGAUUGAUCUCAGAGAAUACAUUGGAAGUAGCACCUGCUUUAGAUUGGUAUAAUUCACAAAUAAGUAUAAUACAAAAAGUACCAGAUUCAGAAGAAUUUGAACUUCCGAAAGAAUUAUUAGAUUCUUAUAAAAUAUAUAAAAAUACACCAUUGUUGUAUAAGGACGCACAAGAAUCGGAAUAA